AUGGGAAGGAAUGCGACCUCUUCACAACGAAAUCAUCAAAAGCAGGAAAUGAAUAGCGGAAACCCGAGUCUCAAGGCCCCACAAUCUUUAGAAACGGUAUACCACGAAAUUGAUGAUGUUGGUUUCUGUCCACGGAAAGACAGAUUUGAGGGAGUGAAAUUGGCUGGAAUGCGGACGUUGGACGACGACGGAGUUGCCCGCGUUCUAUCUUGCAAAAAGGUGUCUCGUUGGGAAGCCGAAUCGCACAAGUCUACCACACGCUGUCUUUUCUGGAUCACUAGGGAAAAUUGA